UAAAGAAAGCAAUCUAAAGAAAGAAAUCUAAAGAAUUAUUAAAAGUAUUAAAAACAUUAAUAUAACAAAAUGUACAUAUGUAAUAUUUGUGAAAAGAUAUAUUAUUCUUUUUUUAACUUAUGGUAAUGAUUUCAUGGUAUAGAACCAUGUCUUCGCUCUCUUUGAGUAAAUUAAAAAAGAAAACACCAAUAGAAAAGAUUAAUAAACAAAGAAAAAACAUUAAGCGAUUUGAUGGAUUAACAGAAGAAGAAGUACAACAAUAUACUUUGCCAGAUUAUCUAGAAAUGAAUCUGGAUUUAGUUUUUGUUGGUAUAAAUCCGAGUUUAAUGGCAGCCCAUCGUGGUAGAUAUUACGCAGGUCCAGGUAAUCAUUUUUAUAAACUUUUACAUGAAUCAGGAUUAACACCUCGAUGUUUAAUUUAUGAAGAAGAUUAUAAACUUCUUCAAUAUGGAAUCGGUCUAACAAAUAUAGUGACUAGAGCUACAAAAUCUUCCGCUGAUUUAAAACGUACAGAAAUCAAAGAGGGUUCUAAAAUCAUAGAAGAGAAAUUAAAACUUUACAAGCCAAAGAUUGCUGUUUUUAAUGGCAAAUGUAUUUAUGAAGUAUUUGCUAAUAAAAUAAGUAAUUUUAAUUUUGGAUUACAACUAGAACGCAUUAAUGAAACUGCAAUUUGGGUCACUCCAUCUAGUAGUGCUCGUUGUGCAAACUUUCCAAGAAUGACAGAUAAAUUACAUUUUUUUACUGCAUUAAAAAAAUAUUUACAGUUCUUAAAAGGAGAAAUCAAAGAUAUUAAUAUACAAGAAUUUUUAUUUGAAGGAAAAUGCAAACAGUUUAUUCCAAAAACAUCAAAAAUGUGGAGACGAAAAAAUGUUUCUGCAUUUUUACAUGGAGGAAGAAUUGCUAAUAAAGAUACCAUAUGUUUAGAUACAUCUGAUGAAAAUAUUGCAAUAGCUUAUAGUACAGAAUUCAUUGUAAAGAAAUUUCAAUCUAAUGAAAAUAAUAAAACUAAUGAAAUAUCUGAAACAAGUGAAUCUGAUUCAUCACAAAAUUUUGAAGAAUGUAUUUCGCAAAAUAUUAUAAAAACAUUUUUCGAAAAUGACAAAUUUUCACAAAAAAAACAUUUACUAUCAUUAAAUAAUGAAGAGACAAAAAUAAAUCAAAUCUCAACUAAUAAUUUAAAAAAUAUAAAACAAAAAAUAAAAACAAAAACUAAAAUGAAAAAAAAUUUUUCUCAAAAACCAAUUAUAAAAAAAGAUUUUAAAAAUAAUAUUGAUACAGAGUUCAUAAAUUUGAUAAAACAAAGACUGGAAAAAAAAAAUAAUUAUCUCGAUGAAUAA